GAACUGAAAUUCAGGCACAAGAGGCUGUAAACAUAAAGAGUGAAUAUGGGUGAGAAGAAGCCAGAACCUUUGGACUUUGUAAAAGAUUUUCAGGAGUAUCUUACACAGCAGACCCACCACGUAAAUAUGAUUUCUGGAUCAGUUAGUGGAGACAAGGAGGCAGAGCCUCUUCAGGGAGCUGGGACAGAAGGUGAUCAGAAUGGUCUGGAUCAUCCUUCUGUUGAAGUUUCACUGGAUGAAAACUCAGGAAUGUUAGUGGAUGGGUUUGAAAGGACAUUUGAUGGAAAGCUAAAGUGUCGAUACUGCAACUAUGCCAGCAAAGGAACAGCACGGCUGAUAGAGCAUAUCAGAAUCCAUACAGGUGAGAAGCCACACAGAUGCCACUUGUGUCCCUUUGCAUCAGCUUAUGAACGUCACCUGGAGGCCCACAUGCGCUCGCACACGGGGGAGAAGCCCUACAAGUGUGAGCUGUGUUCCUUCCGCUGCAGCGACAGGAGCAACUUAUCUCACCACCGCCGCCGCAAGCACAAGAUGGUGCCUGCCAAGGGGACCAGGUCUUCCCUGAGCAGCAAGAAGAUGUGGGGCGUGUUGCAGAAGAAGACCAGCAGUUUGGGGUACAGCAGAAGAGCAUUAAUUAAUCUGAGCCCACCUUCCAUGGUGGUUCAGAAACCAGAUUACCUGAAUGACUUCACUCACGAAAUCCCUAAUAUCCAGCCUGAGGCCUAUGAAGGCAUGGCCAAGCCAGCCCAGAGCGGCGGGUUGCCAAGAGACCCACAGGACCUUAUGGUAGAUAAUCCUCUAAACCAGCUGUCUACCUUAGCUGGACAGUUAUCUAGCUUGCCACCCGAAACCCAAACCCCAACCUCUCCUGACGUUGUUUCCUGUCAAGAUGAAAAGCCUUUCAUGAUCCAGCAGCCCGCUGUGCCUGCGGUAGUUUCAGCUGUGUCAGCAAAUAUUCCCCAGAGCUCCUCUCCAACCAGCCCAGACCCUCGGCCUGCGCACAACCAGAGGAACUACAGCCCCGUGGCAGGUCCCAGCAGUGAGCGCAGUGCCCACACCAGUACUCCCAGCAUAAGCAACAGCCAGCCGAGCACUCCGGCUCCCACCCUGCCGGUCCAGGACCCUCAGCUACUGCAUCACUGCCAGCACUGUGACAUGUACUUUGCAGACAAUAUCCUUUACACCAUUCACAUGGGCUGUCACGGCUUUGAAAAUCCCUUCCAGUGCAACAUCUGUGGCUGUAAGUGUAAGAACAAGUACGACUUUGCUUGCCAUUUUGCAAGAGGCCAACACAGUCAGCAUUGA